AUGUCUAAUAAUAGCAAUAAUAAUAAUAAUCGUUAUCAUUUUACCCCACCAGUUGACGAGGCCCAAUUAGUUACCUGUGAUGAUGACUGCGAUGUUAAUAACGGUGAACACGUUGGUUCUGACAGCCACGUGGUAAUAUUACCUACAGAGGAGGCGUUGCAAGAGGUUGUAGUUAGUUCGGAAUCACGUCACGAGACAAACAACGUCAUACGAACCACCCCCGAGCGCGUUACGUCUUCAGAGGAAGGGUCUCACACGCUCAUCGCCAGCACUAGCGAUCACACCCCAGCCGCAUCCAGCUCCCCAACGCCGCAAUUGAGGUCUCAGCAUACAGGCGGUCAGGGCGUGAAACGCUUGAGGUUACAGGAGCAGGAUACGGAUGACUCACCGACCACCACCCGUUUAAGGACUUCAGAGAAUAAUGAACAAGUCUGCGAUGAGAGAGACCUAACAGCGUGGUCUGAUUCGAUGAUCCACGCGUGGGAUCAGAUAUCCUUCACCGAUUCGGAGAGUGAGGAAGAGGAUGAAUUACCGCAUGAAAUUCCUCAGGAACUGUUCCGUGAUCGUGAUUUAAAUAUAAGGCUUGAUUAUGACAUGCUGAGCCGUGUUAAUCGGUACUUUGAGAGACUUUUCGACUUGGCCGGACAACCCCUAUCUUACAGGGAAGCGGAAGACAUUGUCGCUAGUGCCCAAAGUGAUGUGUUGGCGAUUUUAAGAAACAUCAUAGCGUGUCAACAGCAACAUAACGAAGCUUUACGUCACGCAGCUGAAUUUUGGAGAAGUUGUCACGACCAGCUGUAUAAUGAAUUCCGACAGUUUCAGCAGAGCAUGAGCGGUGUAUCGGAAGCGAUAAACCAGCAGCACGCCGAGCAAAGACUUGUGGUAAACGCUUUAUCUCUUAUGGGUGAACGUUUAAAUCUUAUUCAGAGAAUGUUAACAGAUUUGUACAAUCGUAUGGGGAGAUAGGACGUAAUAUUCUAUGUAUUGAAUUGCUGCUUGUUUUUGUUUCUGUGUUAUUGACAUC